AUAAUUAUCAUAUAUUCCAUAUUUGAUUCAAAAAAAAUGAUUGUAACGAAAUGAUGUCAUAUAACGCAAUAGGAAUGUUUGCAUAAUUAAAAAAAAAGAAAGGAAAGAAACACGUAUAAAAUAGUCGUAAUAAAUCCAACCAAAUUUUUCCUCCAAUCAAUCUAUAACAUAAUUCUUUUUUUCUUCUUCUUCUUUUUUUUUUUUUUUUUAACAAUCGGUCACAGUUCGUAUAUUUACAAUAAAGUCACGUAGCAUUGCAAUCUUUGAUUACCGAUAAAAAUAUUGAAGGAUAUUUAGAUACACGCAAUCGGGGACUUAUGAUUUUUCUUUGAAACUUUAAAAGGAUUAACGAACGAGGACACUUCGACACUUUGGCAUUCUAAUAAUUCGAUUAUUAUCAUCAUCGAUAAGAAUGGAUAAUCGGAUAAUAGUUGAGAAAUAUUAAAGGAAUUUAUAAAAAAAAAAAAAGAAUAAUAAUCGAUAUAAUACUUAAAUAGAAUAACUUGGCCUCUCUCCCUCGCACCCCCACUUUUACCGUUCUCCUCAUCUGCCCCCUUCCUCGCUUACAAUCGCCUCGGCUUUUGCCUCCCUCCCGCUCUCACCUCAUCCCGGUUUAAAUGAUAUUUAUCAAAUGAAGUGUACUUUGCAUCAAUUUCCUAGGAAUCAACAAAGAAGAUUAAGCGUUCUUAAUUUGAGUCUACAUAAGCGAUCGCGCGUCGUCUACGCGCCUCGUAUACGAGCCAUUGACGCAAUCUUUAGUUUUGCAAUCGUCCAAGGAUUGCAGAAAGCCAUUCUGAAAAUCACGGUAAUAACGGAGGAGCGAUCCCCUGCAAGGACACCGAACUUCUCCUGGCUGAUUGCAUUUUUCCCGAUGGGAAUACUGUGACAAGGACAAGCAACACGCCACGGGUUGUUGCACUUGUAAAAAUCGACGAUUUGCUUUACCGAUCGGAAUGUUAAUCGGGGAUCUUAGGAAUAAUCUGAAAUAAAUUUAACCAAAAAUUUUCUUUGAAGAAAUUUCAAUACAAAAAUGAGAUUUCAGUUGAGGGAAAUAAUAAUAUUAAGAAGAUUUUGGGUGAAAAAUAUGAUAAAGGAUGGAGUAGGUUGACACAAUAGAUUGUUUCACGUGAUCGACAUUUUGGUUUGUCAGGCUGUACCUAACUUUUGUUGAUCGUUAUCUCUAUUCUUUGUCUAUAAGUAGCGUGGGUUUGCUCACAACGAUGGUCGUCGUGGGAUUGGCACUUUCACCUACGUUCCGUCAGUACGAUAUUUCGGAAUACGUUUACGGUGUUGACAGCGAUUUACAAGCGAGAGUACGUGCAGCUAUCGAAUCCGAAAGGCAUGCUUAUCAAUCGAAAUCUUGGUUACAGAACAGGCUGGAAUCGAACGGUGCUCCUUGCACAGCAAGAUCAGGGCGACCUUGUCCACCGAGCAAGUAUAGAACUCCUUCCGGAACUUGCAAUAACGUGAGACAUCAUGAUUGGGGUGCCAGGGGUUCUCCGUUUUUAAAAUUAUUACCUUCUGCAUAUUCCGACGGUAUUGGAAGUCCACGACAAUCAUUUAGCAGUCAUAGUCUUCCAUCAGCUACGGAAACGGUUGAGGGUAUUAAAAGUUCGUUGAAAUUUGACGAACCUCACGAAGCAUUGACCAGUUUUGCUGGUUUAUGGUCUGAAUUGAUACUUCAGGAUAUAUCCUCGACCAUUCAUGUUGAUCGUGACGAACAUCGUUGUUGUUCGGUCAAAGAUCGACAUCCAGAGUGUUAUGAGAUCAAUGAUCAAAAUGGAGGAAGAUGUAUUAGUUACAUGAGAUCGGUGCCGACAUUGUCGAUCGACGAAUGUAAAUUUGAUGGUAGAAAACAAAUGAACAGUGAGUCCAGUUAUUUGGACGGUUCGAAUAUCUAUGGAAGCAACGAUGAUAAAUUACACAAAGUUAGGAGUUACGUUCGUGGUAAGGUGGAACCAUCAGCCUGUGAGAUUUGCAACGACACGAAUACAAGCCCGUUAGGACAUCUUUACGUAACUUUGUUGAAUGAACAUAAUCGAAUAGCUGAAAGAUUAUGGGAAAUGAAUGAGCAUUGGGAUGACACGAAAUUAUUUCUCGAGGCAAGACGUGCGUUAAUAGCACAAAUACAACAUAUUACGUUAAACGAAUACGUACCAAGUAUUUUAGGCGAGUUAGCUUUGAUCGAUCCUGAGUUAAGACCGGCCACCAAUGGAUUCUUUAAUGGUUACUCGUCAACGAACAAAGCAGGAACUUACGACGCCGUUGCUUUAGCCGCAUUGCGUAUUUUGACCUCUUUACGCAAACAGAAUACGUGUUCUUCAAGCAUGUGUCUUGAAGAUCACGUCACUAAGUUGGCUAAUCAUGUUAGUUUUAAUCUUGGAAUUUCUAUGAUCGAUUCGAACUUUGACGCCGCUGCUAGAUCUAUUCAUAUUGCACGUGAUCAUGGUGUACCUGGAUAUAUUGAAUUUGUAGAAUACUGUUCUGGUAAUCUCAGUAAGCCUAAAAAUUUCAAAGAUCUCGGACGAGUUAUACAACAGGAGAAUGUUAAACUAUUGGAGUCUAUUUAUACCAGGAUAGAAGACGUGGAUCUUUUGGUUGGAGGAAUAUUAGAGAUACCAAUGAAAGGAAUGGCGGUAGGCCCAACGUUCUCUUGUCUUCUCAAGAAACAGUUUGUUAACAUGAGAUAUUCGGACAGAUUUUGGUAUGAAAACGAUAUUCCACCGUCGGGUUUAACGUCGGCACAAUUGGCAGAGAUUCGUAAAGUUUCGCUCGCUGGACUUCUCUGUGCGAAUAGUGAAAUCCGUAAGAUACAACCUAAAGCAUUCAUACAACAAGAUCCUUAUCUAAAUGCUAAAAUUAAGUGCAAUCAGUAUGAGAUAUUGGAUCUGUCAGCUUGGAGAGACGAAUCUUUGCCUGUUCCUGUCUUAGAUAAUUACAUGACAACGACUCAAUCAGUUCCUGAUUUAUCUUUUGAAAUUAGUCCGGAUUUAAUAGCAAUGGCGGUGAAAAAAGCUGAACAAGAUCUUAUCGAAAGGAGACAAUUGGAAUACAAUGCUUGGUUGGAACAAAGAAUAGCUGAUCCGAAAUCACCGGCUGGUACAGCUGCAAGUUUUUCUAAAGCAAACAAAGACGCUUUGUUAUUAGCUAACUCAUCGAUUAUGUAUGAGUUAGCAACUAACGAAAUAUUAAAUGGAGUACAUGGACUUAGACGUAAAAAACGACAGAUUUUUGAUACGACAGACAACGUUCUUGGGUUUCCAAAUAAUGAUUUUUCCGAUAUACUUCAAAACGUUGACAUUUCUGGGUUUUUACCACAACAAAAGGCUACGAAUCACGAGGAAGUAGAAUGUCCGGUUGAUAAUAAUCCUUGUGAUCCAACCACACCAUACAGAACAUUGUCAGGACACUGUAAUAAUCUUCGUAAUCCAAAUCUAGGUCAAUCCUUGACCACAUUCGCUAGAUUGUUACCACCGGUCUACGAAGAUGGUGUAUCCAAGCCAAGAAGUAGAUCUGUAACAGGUGUUCCCUUACCUAAUCCAAGAGUAGUAUCAACAGUGAUUCAUCCAGAUAUCUCGAACCUUCAUAACAGAUAUACUCUAAUGGUUAUGCAGUUUGCUCAGUUUCUUGAUCACGAUUUAACUAUGACACCGAUUCACAAGGGUUUCGCAGAGUCUAUACCAAGUUGUAGAUCAUGUGAUUCUCCGCAAACGGUUCACGCGGAAUGCAAUCCGUUCCCUGUACCACCGGGUGAUCAUUUUUAUCCAACGGUAAAUGUCACGUCUGGCGCACGAAUGUGUUUUCCAUCGAUGAGGUCAUUACCCGGUCAACAACAUUUAGGUCCUAGAGAACAGGUGAAUCAAAACACAGCUUACUUGGAUGGCUCGGUUGUAUAUGGCGAGAACAAUUGCAUAGCAAACAUUUUACGUGGUUUUAAUGGCCGUAUGAAUAUAACAACAAAUACUAAUCGUGGUAAAGAUUUAUUACCACAAUCGGCUACGCAUCCAGAAUGCAAGGCAAGAUCAACUUAUUGUUUUAUCGGUGGUGAUGGUAGAGCAUCCGAACAACCUGCUUUAACUGUUAUGCAUACUAUGUGGAUACGAGAACACAACAGAAUAAUGGAGGGAUUGAGACAAAUCAAUUCACAUUGGGACGGUGAAAAAUUGUAUCAACAGUCACGACGUAUUAUCAGCGCUAUGCUUCAACAUUUAACUUACAACGAAUUCUUACCAAGAAUUUUAGGAUGGAAUGCCGUUAGUCUCUACGGCUUGAAAUUACUUCCGCAAGGUUAUUACAAAGAGUAUUCGCCAACUUGUAAUCCAAGUGUUUUGAACGAAUUUGCAACUGCUGCUUUUAGAAUAGGUCAUUCCUUAUUAAGACCACAUUUGCCACGAAUGGAUCGUAGUUAUCAGAACGUUGAUCCUCCGAUACUUUUACGUGAUGGAUUCUUCAAUCCUGAUAUGCUUUAUCAAUCAGGUAUGAUCGAUGAAAUGACACGUGGAUUGGUUGCAACUCCUAUGGAAACUCUUGAUCAAUUUAUAACCGGGGAAGUGACCAAUCAUUUGUUUGAAAAUCGUCGAAUACCACAUUCUGGUGUAGAUUUGAUUGCUCUUAAUGUUCAUCGGGCUAGAGAUCAUGGUAUACCGUCUUACAAUCAAUACAGAGCACUUUGUAAUUUAAAAAAAGCUACAACCUUUGAAGAUCUGUCAAGGGAGAUGGCACCGGAAGUAAUAGCACGUAUGAAACGAAUCUAUGCUUCUGUCGAUGACAUUGAUUUAUUCCCAGGUGGAAUGAGUGAAAGGCCACUUCAAGGAGGUCUCGUAGGUCCAACAUUUGCAUGCAUAAUAGCAAUACAAUUCAGACAAUUAAGGAAAUGCGAUCGUUUCUGGUACGAAACCGAUGAUCCAAAUAUUCGAUUUACCGAACAUCAAUUGGCAGAAAUUCGUAAGACGACAUUGUCAAAGGUCAUGUGUGAGAAUAUGGACGAACACGUAGAAAUGCAGAGAGCAGCAUUCGAUUUGCCAAGUAAUUUCUUGAAUCCUAGAGUACCUUGCAGCUCGAUGCCACAUAUGGAUUUCUCUGCAUGGCGAGAAACAAGACAUGGGUGUCAAAUAGGUGGAAGGAACGUUGCCAUUGGUGACUCUGGUUUUCCUACUCCUUGUACCAGUUGCGUUUGUACGAUGGAAGGUACACAAUGCGCAUCUCUACGAGUUACCGAUUGUAAUCAACUAUUACGCGAAGCAUCCCGCGAAGCAAUCUUAAGAGAUGACGUAUGUACGGCACAAUGCGGUUUCAUUUUAGCUGCCGCCGAAACGUCUUCGAGAAAUAUUCCGCAAUUUACAACGCCUAGCAGUUUUCCUAGUUUUGGACCUGUCAGAAAUAAUCUCAGGAGUUUACCAACGCCAUUUACAUUCAACGGUUUCAAAUUACCCGAUCUUUCGCAAUUUAUAGGCUGAAGUUUCCAAAAGUUCUUUCUUUUUCUUUUUCUUUUUUUUUUUUUUCGUUUUCACAUUUAAAAACGAAUCUGAAAUACGAAGACGAAGGACUAUAAAACAUUUAUCGAAACAUUUUAUUCGUCGUACAUAUCUGAUUAUAAGAAAUGUUGAAUUUCUGAUCUAUAAAGACUGCACAAUGAGAAACGUCGAUGAUAUUAAUAACAAAGUGUAUAGAAUUCGUUCGAAAUUAUCAAAUGAACGUGUGUUGAUGAUGUUUGAAUGUAUUGUUUCAUGGUAUUAUGUAUAUGGGUAUUUUUUUCUUUUUUUUUUUUUUCUCUCUUUUCUUUAUACAGAUAUCAGAAGAAAAACGACGAUAUAAUGCGAUUAAGGAGUACGUGUAAUUUUUUUGUAAAUAUAGAUGAUAUAUAUAUAUAUAUAUAUAUAUAUAUAUAUAUCAACCGAGAUAUUUAACUAAUCGGUUAAAUUUAUGCUCUUGGAAGUAUGGAAUAUGUUAGAUUAAAAAUCAUCGUCUUUCUAACGAAACGAAAAACUUCCAAUGUGUCGAUGAACAAGAGGAUUAGAUGACGAUUAUAUAACGUCAUAGUUGUGCGUUGGUACUGGCACUGCUAGAAAAAGAAAAAUAAUAAUAGUAAUGGAGAAGAGAAAAAAAGAAAAAGGAAAAAGAAAGACAAAGACAAGAAAAAAAGGAAAUCAACAAGAAGAGAACAAAAUGAACAAAAGCGAAGAAAGAUGGACAAUUAAUUAUGUAAUAAGUUUUCGAUUCGAAGCGUGCCAGUUUUUUUUUUUUUUUUUUGUAAAUGUGAUUAAUGGAGUGCAAUUUAUACUGCUGCCCCCCCUCCCCUACAUUUCCACCCACUUUUUAUACUCCCCGUUUUCUUUUCCUAAACCCCCUACUUCUUUCCUCUAUCUCCUCGUCCAUCUCUCCUACUUCCCUUUGAAGCACGAUGUUUUGUAUGUACUUAUUAUUUAUAGGUGAUAUUAUUGCUAAAUAACAAAAAUUGUUUUUUUCUUUCUUUU